UUAUUUGGAAACUUUGUUGAAGUAGAUUGGCACAAAACAUGAGUCAACACGGCUUUUUUUCGGAAUAUUAGUGGUAUUGUUAUGAUCACAUGAUGUUGAUGGAUAGUCCAUUUUAAAUUUAUCAAAAAAAUAUUUCGAAAGUCGAAAAAAUAUGCAAAAGUAUGAAAAUUUAAAGCCAGCGACGAACAAGUACGACCAGUGACAGACAUGACUGACGUCAUCGAAACCAUAAAUUCGUUUUCGCGCGAAAAUUUAAAUUGUCAAUUUAAAACCGCAUUUUUUCCGAUAAAUCACAAUGUUUUAAUUUUUUAAUAUAUCUGUGGUUUAUUCUACAUGGAAUUCAUUAAAAUGAAAACAAAAAUAAAAAUAUUGCAUCUCAAUAGGACAGAAGUGAAUUCCACAACUAGUGCCGGCUUUAAGGCUGGGCAGGCGAGCUGUGGCACAGGGGCAAAUCGUAAGUAGCCGGGGGUGCCAGAUUUUAAAAAGGCGGUUCUCCACUCCUUCGUGUUCCCAGGGCUUCCACAAUUCUAAAUCCGAUCCUAGCGCAGCAAUGCACACAGCGAACUUUAGUCCGCGUGUUGCGCGGUCAAUCCGAUUUAAAAGGAAAGACCCAGUAUUCUCUUUUAAAGUCUUAUCUUUUUCCUAAAGUUAAUUUUAUUUAACUACAACACAAUAUAGUCUCUGAACAUUUUCUUCUAUAGCGUGCGUUUCUCAAAAUUUCCAGGCUACCAAUGUUCGCACACCGUGUGCGUUGAGUAGGUACCUCACAAGUACUCGGGGGGACUUUUGUGUUUUUGAUACAGGGACAAAGGUCCAUCGUCUGCGCAAGCCAUAAAUAGUAGGUACGUAACUUUUCCUAACUAAUGUUUCUCAUGCAAGCAACUGUAAUGGUUUUACAUGAGAAAUAAAUUUCCUUUAACCUUAAACCUUCAAGGCUGAAGUUUAUAAGUAGGUACGGAGUCCUCGCGAAAGGCGCGAGUCCAACUAGCACUUGACCGGUUUUUAUACAAGGGUCAAUAAUUAAUUACACAACAAUGAGAGUCGAACCCAGACACGGCCCUCCAACAACCACAGCAUUGCAGAUGUACGGGAUGUGUGUACGUACAAGAAAAGAAAAUGGAUUUUACAGAGAUACCGUUUAUUGGCACACGAAACUUAUUUGACUAAUGAAAUAGUGUAUGGUGUUUAUGAGUCGCGCUUUAAACGUAGACUGAUGCAUCGCGUUCUAGAUUCGAUACACACAAUAGGCGAUAUACUUAGUAGUCCUUUCAGAAUAGGAGUUAAGUAUUGGCGCUCCAUUUUUAAUGUAUUUACAUAAUUACUAAAUUAAUUAUUAAGAAUGUGAACAGUACUUAAAUUUAAGUUAAAUGCAGCUAACCUUCACGAUUAUAUUCUUCAACACAUUGACUCGCUAGUUAUUUCCCAGAGGGAUAGACUAUAAUGUCUAUGUAGACAAAGAAUUCUAUUAGCUACGGUUCUGGACAGACUAUAGACUAUAUCAGACACACUUCUCUCGCUGCCGCCCCUUCCACAUUCAUUAACAUAAAGAUUUUUUCAUCUAAUCUCUACAAGUGCAUAAUCAUUUUCUGUAUAAUACUAUAAUCUAGUAAAAAUGUUUGCAAUAAUUCUUGAUUUAACAACCUUAAGCGUAGGCUGCGACUUAUGCCUGGGAGGCAGCCAUGGUACCUUAAAUUUGGUGGUGGGCGUUGACAUCGAGUGUAGCUGUGGUUUUUUGCCAACGAUAUUCAAAUUUGUUCUGUGGGCGAUGCGAUGCGAAUCGCACGCGCAGUAGGCUGCGAACCAGCGCGCCAGGCGAACGUGAAAGCGUUGAACGAAAGCUUUAGUGCUCCCGAGUGUAGCUGCAGCGAUGGAAGCUAUGGAACUAGCGGGUCAAUGGCGGAGGGAGUGGGCUGGAACAGCCGAAUAUGGAAAGGUGACAGAAGGCGGAGUGACGCGGCAAGUAGCGCGGGCGAUGGAGGUGUUAAACGCGAGCGCGCCCGGAGCCAGAGUGCGCGUCAUGAGGGCCGCGUACCACUCCACGUCCGGCCCCGGAGUACCAGCCUCCUCUUACAUGCUCCAUUCUUCACGGAGGGUUAUAUCAUCAGGUUUUAACCUUCUUGAGUCACCAAGUUUUCAAGAACACUCAACUUCGAAACCAUUAGAAAUAUCAUCAACACCAUUAGAUCAUUUACCAGACACAAAUACAGAAACAGAAAAUUAUAAAGUCACCGAGCCAGAUGAUAUUGAAAUAUCGGAACCAUCAAAAUGGAGAAGUGCGUCAGACAAAAGUAGUUUACGUAUGCCAAGUGAAGAAUCCUCAUCUACUGAGAAUGCCAGUAUUAUAGAUUUGGACUCAAGAUUUAGUCAUAAAGGGUUAAAUAGAAAAUAUUCAUAUGAUUCUGAAAGUAGUAUUAAUUCAUUUAAAAGAAGUAGUUCAAGAACUUCACCUCUUCUAGAUGCACCGGCCACACUAAGCACAUUAAAAUUCAAAUCACUUUUGAACGAUAGUAAUGACUGGAAUAUCAGGCGUAAAAGUUACAGUUUUGAAGAUACCUCUCCAUUAAACGAAGUCAUUUUACACAGUAAUGAUACUCUGGCCAUGGAAUCGUCCACAGACAGCGGCAUUUGUAAAUCAUCAGAAAUAGUUAAUGAUUUUGCCGAAGAAGCACGUAAAGGAAACGUUAAUUGCGGCACAACUCGCGAAACCGUUUAUACUGGAGCUAGGUCAUCAGAAGAACUAAAGAAAAACAGGUUUAGUACUAGCCCUAAUUUCAGAACUUACAAAGAACAUUAUGUAGUAAAACAAGAACCCCGAGAAAACAAUAUAGCCUUACAAUCAAGAGGAAAGGUGUCAAUAACAGUUCCUAUUACCAUCGAAGAUGACGAUUAUAACAUGAAUAAUAAUCAAAUAGGCGAAGAUGGAGAGCGCAAAGUGAAGAAAGUAGGAUUUUGUAAAACGGAAUUGCAUUUUGCCGCUGAUUCCGGAAAAGUCAAUAUCAUUGCAACCGACGACAAGCCCCCACCUACAAACGAUUUUAGAAAAAGGCGGAGUGCGUUCGUGCCAAUUAACGAAAAGUUUGAAAAGCCUAUUACUUUGUUUGGGGAAAAAAGUGAUUUCCUGGAAAUUGGUAAAAUAGAUGAAUAUGGGAUAAGAAGUUUCCACGAAGCCAUGGAGUUAGAUGAGAAUACAGCAGCUACAAAAAGUAUUCUCAAAAACAGAAUUCCGAAACCCAAACCAUAUCUCUUAGGGGAGAACAUGGCAUUUGGGAAUCCUAAUAAAACAAAUUUAUCGGAUGAGGAACCAGCACCAACUGGUGUAUCAAUAAUUAAUAAGCAGCUUCAAAGAAAAAGAAAUGAUACAAAUGAACCCAGUUUAUAUAGUUUGCGUAUCACUGAUGAUAUGAGCUUUAGGGAUUCUUUGAGGACAACGAAUAAAGGUCCUUCUAAAGUACAAAGCUCUGAUAAUGAAAAACAUAUUCCAAAUAAUGACAGUACAUUGACCAAAAAAGCAUCGCAUAGCAAUUGGAACAAUACUAAAGUUUUACAGAUGACACCAGUACAAAAACCAAAAACAAGGCAAUUGCGUGAAAAUGAACUUACUUAUUUUGGUAUUGAUAAUCAACAGAAAAAAGAUUUCCCUACCGCUAAAUCACACGGUAGCUUGGAACCUAUAAGAUCACAAUCAAGAUUCCCAGAUGACACAUUUGAGUCUGUAAGAUUAAUAAAGCAAAUAUCAAAUAGUGCUCAAAAUAGUGAAGCAGAAUCUGAUGAUUCCCCUGAUUAUCAAAAUUUCCCAAUAAAAAGCAACUUUGCUCCAAUACCCACGCCUAGAACAAGAGUAAAAUACAAGAACUCAGAUGAGAGAAUAACUAUUUUAAAACCAAUUGUCGAACGAGCGAGCGAAUCCAUAAUUGCUUCACAAGAAUCGAGGCGUUCUAGAAGAAAAAAGCAAGAAGAUGUGUUGAUAACCGCGAACCGAAGUCUGUCAGAGCCACCAAAAAAACAGUCUGAAAGUUCUUUACGUAGGCAGGAUGAACUUCGACAUAGUAGUAGACAAGACAAUAUACUCCAAAGGUAUUCAGAUCAAAAGAAAACGAAAGAGAAAACUUUAAAUAAAAAUACAGAUAAAGCAAAAACAAACCAUCAUACUGACGUUGAUGAAGAUAAAAACUUACCAUUAUAUGCUAAUGUCACGGAAGAAAAAGAUUCACAAGAGCAUAAUUCGUUCGAAAAUCGACUAAAACCUGUUAAAGGAAUCAACUCGUUGGAAAAAACUAAGGAACAUAGGACAAGCAAGUGUGAAUCCGAUAGUUUGAAGAAGAAACAGAAUAGUAUAAAGAAAACAAGUCGCAGUCAACGUACAGAAAAGCUUUCCACACCUGAAUAUUCCACACAGCAGAAAAGAUCAGAUUCAGCAAAAAAACCAUAUAAAGAUGAUAGACGUGACUUGAAAGAUAAUAAAUGUGACAUUGUGAAAACCUCACGACGGACAAACACUGAUGAAAAUAAUGAAUCAGAAAAAGAUGUCACAUUAUCAAAAGAUAAAUCUAGUAAGGAACGUACAACAAAUCAUCGUCCAAAACAGUCCUUAAAAAGUAACACUAGAGCAAUGGAAUCGGCUCAUAAAAAAAUGGACCCAAUAAUUAUAGAACAUGCCACAAAAUCAAAAGAUUUAAGAGAAGUUGACCGGAUGGGGGCUGAUAAAAAUUAUCAUUCAAACGGUCGAAGAACAGGCCGCAGAAGUGAAUACGUGAUAAAAUAUGACGAUAAAAAUGGAACAGUUUCUUCUGUAUCUAAAGUCCGGACCGGACACAGUGCAGUAAAACAAAAGCACACGUUAAAAGAAAGAAGUAAAAACAAUAUAAAAGAUUUAAAAACAAAAGACAAAAAUGUAGAUGUGUCCGCUCUGCGUAAUGCAGCUCCCAGAUCAUCACAGGCUUGUGAAAGGAAGAAAAGAAUAUAGAAUAAGAUCCACCAGAACCAAUGUACAAAGAACUUGUCAGCUACUGUAAUGAGAAAGUGCAUCUAGUCUAUAUGAAUAAUACCUAGAUACGAAAAUGUUUUGUCAUCUUGAAUAUGUGAGUGUUGUAGGCAACCGUGAUGUGCAUGAUAUGGUAGAAUAAGAUAACAAUGAUCUCACACAUUUUAUAUAAAUUCAACUUAUAAUUAACCAUAACACUGUGCAAUGUGAACUCCACUUACCACUAAAGAUAAGGUGAAGGAGGUAACAUGCGAUGCAAAGCUAAAACUAUAUACAGUAAAUGACAGAUGCGGAUUAAAAAUAAACUAUUUAUGAAUCAUCAAAUCAUGUAUUUUUAUUUCAACUUACAAUAACUGAUUUACACGGUUAUUAAAGGGUCUUUAUCGACAUUGCUCACCAUGACUUGCACUUGAUUAUCUAGUCUAUUCUGAAGGUUAAUUGAAAACGGUCGUAAGAAACCUCUUUCUGAAUCGGAAUGAUUUGUUAAAAUUACAGAUAUACCUUUUUGAGCUGCAUCUAAGACAUCGUGAUGAAGCAUUUCACCUGGAACAAAAUUACAUGCUGUUUGUUCGUAAUUUGCGUCAACGCAGAACAGAAUACAUACAGCCUAGAUUGGUUAAGUAUUUUCUUAAUCUAUAAGCCAUUCUAGAUGAAGGAAUGAAAGUGGAGUUUUAAAUUUAUUCAGAACUAUGAUUUGGUAAUUAAACUGUCAUAUCAGAGAAGCGUUUACCUGUUAAAUACACGUCAGCGG